GAGCACAAAGCUGAAAGUACAAGCAGGACAGAAAGUGAAACUUGGUGCAGCCCCCAGUAUAAGACCCCCCUACCCAGGAGAUGGCCGCAUACCGAGGCUGGGCCCUGACAUGGGCCAGGUGACAGGAGGCCUUGGCUGGCGGCUCAGCCUGCUGCUGCUACCCUUGCUUCUGGUACGAGCUGGUGCCUGGGGGUUCCCAGCAGGCCCCCCGAGCCUUCAGGGGCUGCGUAAGGAAUUCACAGUCAGCCUGCAGCUUGCCAGGAAGCUGCUCUCUGAAGUCCAGGGCUGUGUCCGCAGCUUUGCUGAAUCUCGCUUGCCGGGAGUGAGCCUGGACUUCCUGCCCCUGGGACACCAUCUCCCCAAUGUUUCCCUGACCUUCCAGGCAUGGCGUCACCUCUCUGACCCAGAAAGACUCUGCUUCCUCUCCACCACUCUUCGGCCCUUCCCUGCCCUGAUGGGAGGGCUGGGGACCCAGGGGCCCUGGACCAGCUCAGAGAGAGUGCAGCUGUGGGCCAUGAGGCUGGAUCUCCGGGACCUGCACAGGCAUUUCCGCUUCCAGGUGCUGGCUGCAGGAUUCGACUGCUCUGAGGAGGAGGAGGAGGAAGAGGAGGAAGAAGGGCAGGAGCUGCUCCUAGGGGCUCAGGAUGGCUCCAACCAGGUGUCAUCCCAAGUGUCGUGGCCCCAGCUGCUCUAUACCUACCAGUUCUUACACUCCUUGGAGCUGGUCCUGUCUCGAGCUGUCCGGGACUUGCUGCUGCUGUCUAUGCCCGGGCACCCAGGCCCAGCUUGGGAUUCCUAACACAGAGCUUCCAGUCCUGUGGAGAGACCUUUCAGCUCCCUUCCCUCACCCAUUAAGACUCUAAGGC